GCCAGUUGAAAAAGACAAUUCGAAAACCCGGAUAAAUGAGAGUCCUGUGGCGAUUGUGAAAUGUGCCCGCAAAACGGCAACAGAAUAGUCUGCUUUGAUAGACAUCGCAAGAGCACGUGAGAUGCAUUUAAAAUGUAAUACCACGUGAUAAUUAUGUUAUUUUACUCUUCCCCGUGCAUCAACAUCCAGUGGAAGUCGAGUGACCACAUCCUCCGAUCCACAUUGCUGUACGCUCCAUGAUGCAUUUUGCGAAAACCGCUGCAUUCGCGUUAAAAGAAGCUUUUUCAAGUUUCAGCCGGUUAGAAUCAAGCCCAUAAGGGGGUGUGUGAAAGGCUGACGAAGUUGUCUGUGUGUGCCCCCCCCUGUGAUGGACUGGAGCGGCAUCCCAUCCAGGGUGUCUCUGGGCUUCCUGGGCUUCCUGGGAUCGACUUCAGGAUCACCGCGACCCGGUGCCGGAUCAGCAGUAUGGCAGCGGCCUCCCGUUACUCCCAGAGCUGUGCGGUACCCCGGUGCCCACCUGGGAAAAAUGUCGGCAGUGCCAAAGACCCGGUUGGGGAAGCGCUCGCCCUUCGGGGCGCUCGUGUGCGCCCCCUGUCCCUUGGCUGAGGAAGGGCGCUGUGGGCCGGAUGCGGCUGGGCUCGGGUUCCAGGGCUCGGGCCUGGUCAGGAUGCCCCUGGAUCAGCUGCCUGGCCAGGUGGCUCCUGUCGGGAUGGAGGCCUACUGGAAUAUGUCUGCCCCACUUCCGCAGACUCUGCCCCCCACAUGGCCGGUGUCUUCCAGCAUCGACGUCCCCAGGAGGAGCCCAAUCUCCGUGGACAUGGACAAAAUGAUGGCAGCCAUGGUCCUCACCAGCCUGUCCUGUGGCCCCAUAGUCCAGAGCCCCCCCCCGAGGGACCCGGAACCUGGAGAAGGCUGCCACUCCUCCCCUGUCCACCAGGGGGCGCUCUGCGAGCAUGAGAGCGCUGGAGGUGAGCUGUCUGACAGUGGCAGCAGUGGCUACUGGAGCCUGGGCCGCGGCCACGGCAGCCCCGCUCCGUCGCCGUGUCCGGCCGACAUGGCCACCGGUACCGCCCCUCCCCCCGAGGACAGCCUGGACCUGGAGCAGGAGCUGUUUGGCGAGCCAGCGCCCAGGAAACGCAAGAACUCCUUGAAGGCUGCCUACCGAUGUCUGUGGCCAAGCUGCUGCAAAGUCCUGUCGUCUGUGGUUGGGGCGAAGCGGCAUGUUCGCGUGGUGCACCUGGGCAGCGAUUCUGAACGCUCCAGGAGAGAGGAGGACUUCUACUACACGGAGAUCCGGGCCCAGCCCGACCCGUCAGCCCCUCUGGCCAGUGUCAGUGCCGCCUGUGCAUCCUGGCCGUCCUGCUCCUCACCGGCCAGCCCCACGCUUCCGCUCGUCCCAGAGCUCCCUGCGGCGCUGCCCGGUCCACUCAGCCAGUCAGCUCCGGGCUGCUUCUGGCAGAUCCACUCCAAACAGCAGUACCAGGCAUGUGCCCCCGUGCAGGAGACCGCCAGUCCCAGCAGCACCUCUCCCUGCUCCUGGAUCCCCUCUCUCUCCCCCACCCAGAGCAGAAAGGCCGCCCCGUUCCGCUGCCGCUCCGUUAGUGUCGGGGAGCUGUGGCUGCCGCAGCACAGCGCCCCCUCUAGGCCGCAUCACACCAGCGCAUUCCCCCUUCGUGGACAUGGGACCUCCAGGAGGGUACGGGGAGAGGCCAAGAAGUGCCGGAAGAUGUACGGCAUAGAGCGGCGGGAUCAGUGGUGUACGGCCUGUCGCUGGAAAAAAGCCUGCCAGCGCUUCCUGGACUGACUCUCACGGAGGAGCAGCGGUGCCGCCCCUUUUCGGCUCUGGGUGCCGCCCCUUUUCGGCUCUGGGUGCCGCCCCUUUUAGGCUCUGGGUGCCGCCCCUUUUCGGCUCUGGGUGGCCCCCUUUUCUACCUUAGUGGGUUUUUCCUUCUGUCUUAAUGAGGUGCUCUGAGGUUAGUGCCGUCCCGCCAGACUUCUCCAUCGGUGCUGUCCGGCUGCUCCCCCCAAGCAGUCUCACCUGAACACACACCUCCCACCAGGCCAAGGCCGUUUACUCCUUUAUUUUCCGCUUGACUCCGCCUACCAUGCUGCACCAGCCAAUCGGAAUGGGUUCUUUGGCACCUGUCACCCUGGCAACCCCUUUUCCUGCAUGCCCAUAUGUCAAUGAAUGAACAGAAGCUGUUUGAGUGUGUGAAGGAGCGGCCAAGAGCAUUUUAGACAUCAUCUCGCUCACUCGCCAUGAGAAAAUAACCCUUUUAGUCGGGUUUUGUGUUGUCGAUUUUUAUCUAGAUUCCGCUUGGAGAAAAUCAGCACAUACUACCCAGCCUUGUUUUGCUUUUCCUCUGCUGGAACUCUCUUCUUUUCCCAGAAGUCAUUCUGAGUUUACGCUACAGUUGUUUACACCAUGGUAAGCCAUUUAUAAUCUUCAAACCCCUGGCGCAGUGGUUUUCAGCCAAGGAACGUGCUGUUUGAGGACAAUGGAUCUUCAUAAUUACUUUGCACAAAAGGCAUGUAGAACUUGGUCAGAGAAAACACAAGAUGACCAGUCCGGCUUUUAUAUUUUAAUCUUAAAAUGACUUAAUUUUUACAUUUUAACUCCCUCGUUUCCGUGCACUGCUGGCAGCCAAGCCAGUGGGGCACAUUUCACACUUUUAUUUCGGUGUGCCCAUGCGCUUCUGUCUUCUACCAAACCCAGUGCAGUGGCAUUACAGAAAGACUACAGUGUGACAUACAAACCAAGAGUAAAUCCUACCCUUGCCCUAAGGCAAUAGAUAAACAGCAGUUUAUCAUUUAACGCCUGGCACUGCACAUAGUAAAUUGAUUUAUAGUUUUGUACAUGUUGCAAUGUAAUCCAAUGCCUGUUUUGUGAUGUUAAAUCCAGUGUAACUUUUAUCCCAUCGCAAGUCCACAGUGUGUCUUUUGCUGUCCUUUUAUGUUUGAUGUAUCAGUCUUUUUUUUUGUUCUUUUUUUUGUCCUGUUCUAACAAGUGUCCCAGAAGUACGGUUUCAGUAAUACUGUCUGUAAUACUGCCCCUGGGACUUGUUUCACUUGGUUGUAAUGACUGAGAAAUAUAGUUUUGCUUUUUAGUGAAUUACAUGUGUUUGUUUAUCAUCAUUGACUGUGGUGUUGCAGUCAUGAUUAUUUUUCUUAAGAAAUGCAACCUGGGUGAAAUCAGACCUUGUGACAUCGUUCAUGUCCAUGGUGACAUCACAGCUACAUUAUUCUGUCAGUCUUUGUCUCCUUGAUGGAUGUGUCCCACAUACCUGCCAAAAUAAAAAUACAGAAAUAAACGUC